AAUGCAUUACACUUUAUUGUUGCUUAUUUGUGAAAUUAUAUACGUUAAAGCACUAUUGUGUACUGAAUAAUCUUCCAUUUUAAGCUAUGUAUUUAAAUUAGACAAUCCCAAUGCUUCAAAUAAUGAAUGGAAUUAUCAAACUAUAACAUGUAUUAAUCAAUAUUUAAUAUUAGAAUUUGGACAAUGUAAAUAGGGAAUAACAACAGAGACUAAGAAUUUUGAAGUUUCAUAGGUGAGUUUACUAAGUCAAAAGAUAAGUUUAGAUGUUUAAGAAAUGAUUGAAUUAGUGAUGAAUAAUACCUCAGAACCAUAAGCAAAAUAUAAGACAAAUUAAAUCAAAUUGACAUCAUGGGGAAUCAACAAUAUUGCUAGAUAUGAAUCUCAAUACUUUACAAUAGGAUUAGCAGAACAUAAUUUUGAUUUUUGGACAUAAGUUCCUGAUGCUGAGAUUUAAGUAUAUUUCAUUUAGGAUCAACUUUAUUAAUAAUGUGAAACUGAACCUCUUUAUGCAGUAUUAUCAAUACCAAUAUAUGGACUGACAGAGACAUAGGAUAUUAGAUAUGCAAUAAACAUGAACAUUUCAAAAAAUCUUGAUGUAACCACAUUUUUUAAUUUCAAAUAAAACAUACUUGGUGCUUACUAUUCAGAUAUGAGUAGCUUUGUGUCCUAUAAAGCAUCACUUAAUAUACCGUAAUGAUUUAGUCAUAUGAUAUCAUAGACCAUGUGAGGAUGCAAAUUGGUUUGUUUUGACACAACCUUAAUUCAUUAAAGUUGAAUUAUUGAAGAGGUUAUUAGAAUUAAAUACUUUGAAAAACUUAUAAAGAAUAAAUUUGGAUGGAAAACAUUUGAAUUUUAUAAAGGGAGUAAGAUAAUUGUUAUAAAAUUUUUAUAGAGAUUUAUUUAUGAAGGAGAGGAUGAUUUGAAGGAUUAUAAUGAUACUGUUGAAUGGGCUGCUACUUGGGUAGCCUCAAUAAUACCGUGUGUAUUUUUUGCAUUAAUUGUUUGUGUCUAUGGUUAAUAUGAACUUUCUAAUAUUGGGAGAUAUAAGAGACCUUAAGUUAAAUCACAUGAGGAAUAAGAAGCAUUACAAUAAGAUGAUGCAAUUGAUAAGAAACUUGCAUGA